AUGGAGUCCUCGCUCUGCACAGAAUCGCGGGGCACGUUGACCGGAGCACAUGCCGCUCCGGGUGCCGGCAUGCGGCGCCACCGGCCCCCGGCCCGUGCCAGCGCGUUGGGACGAUGGAGGCCUCGCGCGCUGCGCGCCCACGCGAGCGCGACGGAGCCGGAGCCCCUGGCACCGGCGAAGGGAGGGCAGCCGGCGGUGCCCUGGACCGCGCUGAGGGUGGGCGCGGGCGCGGGCGUCGCGCUCGCUCUGGCCCUGGGCGGCGCCUCGUGGUCAGCGCGCGGCGGUGGCGCCGGCGCCGUCCUCGUGCAGCCGGCCAUGGUGUAUACGCUCAACGCCGUCACGGACGGAACGGAGCGGGGCGGCACCCCGGCAGCGGCGGUGAGGACGAGCGUGGGCGCGCUCUCGGACUCGCUGUUCCGGCGCGAGGACGCGCCCAGAGAAAACGCCACGCUCAUGGACCUCGUCUUCGAGCAAGUCACCAAGGAGCACAUCGGCGACAGGGGGAAGCUGACGAGCCUGCUGCAGAAGGAGUGGGCGGCGUCGCGCGACCCGGAGAGAAAGCUCGACCUCGGCUUGCUGCUCACCGACGUGCUCAUCAAUCAGAGAGAAUGGCAGAGGGCAAAAGAAGUCUGCCAGCAGCUGACCGGCCGCUACCAACGUGACUCGAGGCCAUAUUUACAUUUGGCUGUGGUUAACAUGAUGAUGGCGGUGGAGACCAUGCUAUCUCCGGACACGGCCACCGCCGACGACAUCGAGAAGAUGUCCAAGAACGCCAUGGACGCCUGGAAAGAAUUCAAGAACAAGUACGAGCUGGCCAAGGGAACAACAGAGUCCAGCACCUGA